CCCGAUUGGUACCGUUUUUCCUCCUCGCUCUUUCUUCCCGUACGCAGGCAGGGAGACUGCGCGCGGCGGCGGGCGGGCGGCCGGCCGACGAGCUCCCCCCUUCCACGCUCUCCCCCAUGCCAGCAGUAGUAUAGCUGCGAAUUCCUCCCCGGAUUCAUUCCUUCGGCCUUCCUUGGCGCGCGAGGCGAGGCGAGUGGCGCGCGCGGGGCCAAGCUAGGGUUUACGAGCCCCAUCGUCCGCCUCUCCGCGGCCUUGACACAUACCCAUCCGGCCGGCCGGACGCCCCUCCCCUCCGGUGCGCGCCGCUCAUCUCUAGCGGUUCCCCCCUCCUGUGCCUGCGGGCGGUGGCGAGUGUUAAACCCAACGGCGCCGCCGAAGCCGCUGCUCCCGUUCCCUGCUCCGCCAUCUGAGCUGAUUAGUUGGGGGUGUCUUCUCUUCUGCAGUCUACCUAUCUUUAGCAAUGUACUGUUCUCAUUGUCAAGAUAACUGCCCCGUCAUAAAGGACCCUGACAAAAACUACACAUGCUGUGGUUUCUGUGGGAAGGUUCUUGAUGAUCAGGUUUAUGACGGUGAGCCUACUUUCCAAAAGGGCGCUGAUGGGCAGGCCCGAUUGGCUGGUAGUAUUCUGUCAAGCAUUGAGAGUGGCAAUUCAAUAUCCCAUGAUAGAACUAUACAAAAAGGAAAAGAGGAGAUUAGGCAGAUUGUCAGCAGUUUACAUGUGGCUGGUGGAGAUACUAUCAUUAGCAUGGCUCAUCGCUAUUAUACACUAGCUGUUGACAAGAAUUUUACAAGGGGACGUCGGACAACUCAUGUUGCUGCUGCUUGCCUUUAUAUUGCCUGCCGGCAAAGUAAAAAGGCAUAUCUUCUUAUUGAUUUCUCGGACCAUCUGCAGAUAAGUGUUUAUGUCCUAGGCGCUGUUUUUCUGCAGCUUUGCCAAGUUUUGCUACUCGCUGAACAUCCAAUUAUCCAAAAGCUCAUCGACCCCAGCCUUUUCAUACAUCGUUUUACAGAACGUUUACUGGGGAAGAGGGAUAAUGCUGUCUCCGACACAGCUUUACGAAUUGUAGCUAGUAUGAAGCGAGACUGGAUGCAGACUGGGAGGAAGCCAAGUGGAUUAUGUGGUGCUGCAUUAUAUAUAGCUGCCCUCUCCCAUGGAUAUGAUUAUACCAAGGCAGAUAUUGUUGCUGUUGUGCAUGUCUGCGAGGCAACACUAACUAAGCGCUUGAUAGAGUUUGAAAAUACAGAUUCGGGUAGCUUAACGAUUGAAGAAUUUUUGGCAAAGGCUGAUGAACAAGUGCCUGCUAUUAAAAUUGCACCAAAGUCUGGAGAAGUACUUUGCAAGCACAAGGAUAAAGAUGCUGAACAUUUUGCUCAUGGACUCUGUAAAAAAUGCUACAACAAAUUUAUCAAACUGUCUGGUGGACUGGAGGGUGGCCGUGACCCUCCAGCUUUCCAACGAGCUGAAAAGCAAAGACUGGAGGCUGCUAAAAAAGCUACGGAAUUGGAAGCUCCUGCAACUAAAGAGCCAACACUGGAAUCAAUUUGUGAGACACAUGAUUCCGAUGUUAAGAAUACCAUUACAACACCUACAAAGAAUUUCGUUGGAGAUAGGAAUUCGACCAUUACUUCUGGGGAUGUUGCAACUGAUCCUGUAGCUUCUAAAGAUCCUGAAGAAGGUAAAAAGGGUAAAGCAGAUGAACCCGAAAGUUUUUCUGAUAUUGACGAUGUGGAGGUUGAUGGGUACCUUCACAACGAGGAAGAAACACAAUACAAAAAAAUUAUCUGGGAGGAAAUGAAUAAAGAGUACCUUGAGGAACAAGCAGCAAAAGAUGCAUUAGCAGCUGAACUGGCGGCUAGAGGAGUGGUUGUGGAAGAGGGGAAGAAGAAAAGAAGAAGACAUAAUGAAGACACCAAGAAUGCAACGCCCGCUCAGACACCAGCAGAAGCAACACAGAACAUGUUGAAACGGAAGAGACUUGGAUCAAAGAUCAAUGAUGAAGCUGUAAACAAAUUGUACAAUGAUCAUGCAGGCAGAAAACCCAGUUUCUGUGUCUCACUCUUCUCCAGGGCAAAUGAGACCAAAGAAGAAGACGGCAAAGCAAAGAAAGAGAUGGACUUCAACGAUCAGUAUGGACAGGACACUGGUGAUGGUGAAACAUUUGAACGUGGUUAUGAUUAUCCUGAUUACAACUAUGAUGGCUAUGGUGAUGGAGCCUACGAUGAUUAUGAUGGUGUUGAUUUUUAAUAGUUGAUAUCUCAAUGCUGGGAAGAAUUGUUGCAUCUUUUUUCCUGGGAAUGGCAUAUACUACCUAAUUUUACAAUAACAUAUAAUUCUUAUUAGUUAACGAUCACAGAGCUAAUCAGUAGACAGUGUAACAUUGUAGCAGUGUAGCUUGUUAGUUUCUGGUGAUAUUUGAGAAGUUGUUGCAAGUUGUAACUGUAUUUGUUUUAUUGAACAGCGAAAGCAAGUGAUUGCAAUUUGUAUAAGGCUCAGAUAAAAAGAAAAAAAAAACUAAUGUAGCUUGAGUGGUCUGCACGUCGUCA